AUGAACAGCAGGAAAAACGGCACCAAGUUCAAGGAUAACCGCACCGACGAAAAACCGUUCGGUGCCAAAUUGACCGAUAAACCAUGCUUUGUUACGUGUUUUGCUCAGAAAUUUUCUAUUUAUUUCACUGUUUGUUUUUUUACUUAUGCUGUUACUUUAUUAUUAUUAUUAUUAUUAUUAUUAUUAUUAUUAUUAUUAUUAUUAUUAUUAUUAUUAUUAUUAUUAUUAUUAUUGUUGUUAUUAUUAUUUCCUUUCUUGGGAAAUGGCGACAGCGAGGAGAACUGCGACUACGGCAAAAAAUGCGUGUGCGUGUGGUGUCCGGUAACAUCGCCAUCAACAUUCUCAGCAAACAUCGAGCGACGAAGAACGACGGAAGCCCUAUCAAAAUACGCUAAUCUCAUCGAAAGCACACAGGCGUUAGCCGACGAAAACCAGUUGUGUUGGCCAGGAUUCGACACAAAUCCUCACCGGAGAUUAACUGAUAAGAAGGCGAAUAGCGGCAGCACGAGCAGCGGCGACGUCUAA